AUGUCGAAACAACUCGGAGCUGCUCGGUAUGCAUCACGAUAUGCAUUCUCCCAUUCAGUCCUUUUGAGGCAAGCCUCGUCGGGUUUGCUGGUUUCGUUUAUUAUCCGCUUGGACGGCAGACCACCAGCUCAGGACAAAGUUUAUCUGAUCAGGUAUAUACCAUUCGGUGAUUCGGAAUCCGACUUGCUCGAAGCUCAUCCGGAGGCUUUGGAGAGCAAUUUGAACCGGAGAAAUGAUGGUGUCUUGGAUAGGUCUGCAGUUGUAGAGUUGUCAUUUGCUGUUCCUGACCAGUCGGCUCUCUAG